AUGCAAUUGUUUGAUGGAGAACCAUCCAAUUACAAACAACAAAAUGAACUCAAAAACCCAGUUUUAUCAUCAUCAUCAUCAUCACAACAGCGACAAGCAUUACAACCAAAAGCAGAAGAUGAUAUUGAUAUAUUGGACAUUGCAAAUUCCAGCUUUUCUGAAGAAGCAACUAAUAAGACUAUUAAUACGUCCAUUGAUUCAAAGAGUGUCACAAUUGAUCCACCUAGGUCUGAUGAUUCCAUCAGCAAAUUGGAACAACUGAAGAAAGACCUGGGGAUUUCCAACAGGUCGAAUAAUAGUCUAAUGAUUCGUAACUUUUCUGGUUUGAGAUCAGUUGGUUCUUCAUCGACCAGAAGGUUGAACACUUUCUUAAGCGAUGAAUAUAAGGAUAUCAAAUUAAAAGACUUAAAUAAAAAAGAGAGAAAGCUUGAUGUUUCUUGUGUCGGUCAUACGGCUCAAAAAUCAAUGGACUCGAAGUUUUCACAAGGUACUAGUGACUUAGCAUAUAGCAUACAUUCUGCAAUUGAAGUUCGGAUGAUUACCCCCACAGAGUCUGAAAUUAGAAAAUUGAAUGACGGUAAAGUCUUUGAGGAUGCGGAUGAAUCAAAUCUCAUAAGUGAUGAUAGUAUAAUCAAAACUUCAACAAAUAGAAUAAAGUUGAACAUCUUACCCAAUGUUGACUACCAUAGAAAAUCAAUUAGAAACUCAAUGAUCACAACAACAUCUGAAGAUUCGAGAGAUAGGAUCACAAACGUACUGGUUUCGAGGUUUCAAGAUGCACCGGAAUUAGAACCACUAGUUCCACCACCUAAUUCCAAUUCCAAUUCUAAUUCCAGCCUAAAGUCUAAUUCCAACUUUGAUUCGAACUCUAACUCUAACUCUAAUAAUAAUAAUAGUAACGAUACCCUUGAAAGUGGAGUAUGUGAGUCUUUAUAUACCACCUUAGAGGAACAACCAGAAAACAAGCACCUAGCUAACGAUAUCUUUGAUAAAACACCUAUUAAAGAAGAGGGUGUAUGCAAUUCGAAUCAUACGAAUGAUGUCCCACCAAUCUCCCAAAAAACUACAGAGGAAGCUGUCGAAAAAGUUAUCGAAGAGCCUACCAAAAGACCCACUAAGAAAUCAGUUCCGAAAUCACAUGGGAAACAAAUAAAGACAACUGAGAGUUCUCGUACGAAGAAGAAAAACUGGUUUCAAAGAAUAACAUCUGCUUUCAGCAGCAAAUCGCCAACUUCUAGUACUACAAAUUCGAGCACAAGUAACUUCAAAUUCCAAUCAUUAUUCACUUCAAAAGCUAGAGAAACCGGAGGUAAGAAAAGGAAAUUUUCUUUAAAUUUCAGGAAACCCAAAUAUACCCCUAGGAGUAGAGGGGUUGGCUCUGAAUAUAUGAUUGAGAGCGAUACUGUUACAAAGAACGAAUUAUUGAAAUGUAUCAGGGAAGACCCAAGAACAAAGAUACUCAAACUGACAGAUAUGGUUGAAAAUGGUGGUGGCUUUGAGUACGUUUAUGAUAUCCCUAAUUUGAAAACUAAACUUGGCGUAAAUGUCAUUGAAAAAAUUGGAUCGGAAUAUGGUUUUGGAGGUUGUUUUGUCAAAUUGGUUAAAUUAGAAAUGGCUGAGAAAUCCUUCAAUUACUGGUGUGAGAUAUUCAAGAUCUUGAUCAAAGAACUUGAGAGUGAAGUCCCCUCUGACUGA